AUGGGCGUUAUCCGCUCCAUGUCCAUGUACGAAGCUCCGAUUUGGGCUGGGAGACUGUCGGCCGUCAACAGGCUUGUACUGGGGCGGUUGCAAAGAGUGAUGGCGACGCGAGCGGUGCGUGGGUAUCGUACCAUCUCCCGCGAUGCGGCAUGCUUACUUGCUGGGAGUGUCCCGUGGGACAUCGACGCAGAAGCUCUUGCCGACGUUUAUUGGCGUUGCGCAGCGGACAGCAACCCCCUCCUGGACGUCAUGCGUCGGUGGAGAGCUGAGGCGAGCGAGAGGUCGUUAGACCUUUGGGCGGAGCGUUUACAGGAACCGCUGGUAAGCGUCGCGCUGAUAGAAGCAAUCCGCCCACUAUUUAAAGGGUGGGUAAAACGGAGACACGGAGCACUCUCCUUCCAUCUGACACAGAUGCUGACCGGGCACGGCUGCUUUGGUCGGUACCUGUGCCAGAUCGCGAGGAGAGAGAGUGACACAAGGUGUCACCACUGCCUUAACGAAAUGGACACGGCCGAACACACAUUGUCGACCUGUCCAUCUUGGACGGAACAACGCGCGGCCCUUACGGCUGCCAUUGGAGUGGACCUCUCCCUGCCAUCAAUAAUCCGGGCAAUGUUGAGCAACGAGAUUGCGUGGCAGGCGGUGAAUGACUUUGCCCAGGAUGUCAUCACUGCAAAGGAGGAGGCCGAGCGCAGGAGAGAACGGGAGGCGUUCGACCCCUUGAGACGGCCGAGGAGAGGACGCGCACCACGGAGUGGCCGCAGCGCCUUGCCUUAG